AUGAUUGCACGAACAGAGGAAUAUCGACCAUGGCUUGUUCAGAAAUAUGGCGGCACCAGUGUUGGCAAGCUGCUGGACACGAUUACAGCAUCUAUUAUUCCACAAUACCUGGAAGACUACAACGUCGCAGUGAUUUGCUCGGCGCGUUCUAGCGCAAGCAAGUCAGCCGGUACAACAAGUCUUCUCCUAAGGGCGUUAGCUUGCGCUGUGUCAGAGGAGGCAUGUACGGUUGAUUUCGACGAAGUUGUCGAUAUUAUUCAGAGUGAACAUCUUUUGGUUGCAGCAUCUCUACCCAAUGAGGGUGCCCUGCAACCCGCGUCGAAGAUCAUUCAACUGUUACGACAGAACAUUAUCAAAGAAUGUGAAGCCUUGAGAAGAUUCUUACAGGCCACUCAGGUCAUCGGCGAAGCAUCUGACAGAGCGCAAGAUAGGGUGCUUGGUGUUGGAGAGAAACUGUCCUGCCUGGUGGUUGCUGCCGCGUUGUCACUCAGAGGAGUUGAAGCAGAGAUGGUGAAUCUAGAAAAUAUUGUCCAAACUGCAGACAAGCGUUCGACUCGUGAACAGCAAGCAACCUACAAACAAAACCCUAUUCUAUUCCUCCAGGGACUUCGAGGCGCAGUCAAAGAUGCAAUCCUUCAGUGCUCUGCGACGGGGAAAAUACCAGUCGUUACUGGUUUUUUUGGCUCCAUGCCACAUUCGCUACUGCAUACCAUCGGCCGUGGAUAUUCGGAUCUGUGUGCUGCGCUGUGUGCGGUCUCAUUAGAUGCUGACGAGCUCCAGAUAUGGAAGGAGGUUGCUGGUAUCUUUACAGCCGAUCCUACGAAAGUAUCAACAGCCAGAGUUCUGCCGAUGAUAACGCUGGAGGAGGCGGUCGAGUUGACAUAUUACGGCAGCGAGGUGAUCCACCCUCUGACAAUGUCACUUCUGAACAAAGAAGACAUCAACCUGCGCUUGAAGAAUGUGAAGGAUCCUGCCGGCGCCGGCACCGUCGUCUACUCGACAACGCCUAGCCCGAGUCCAGUGCAGGCACCCAAUUCUACGGAGAUGGAGAUCAGUCGUUCAUUAUUCAUGACUUCAAACGGAUACUACGGCAAGGAGCAGGCUAAACGAGUUCCUACCGCCAUUACAGCAAAAGAUUUAAUCACUCUCGUCAAUAUCACUUCGAACGGCAAGCUGCCUCCCCAAGCAUUCCUUGGUCAGAUUAUCGGCAUCCUUGGACAGCAUCAGCUUUCCGUCGACUUGGCAAGCAGCAGCCGUCAGUCGCUCAGUCUGGCUGUAUCGGCUUAUGGAUUGGUGAAUGUCUCUGAUUCAAUUGAGGAAGCCCUGUCAGAACUCGAAGAGUUCGGCUCAGCCAGCAUCGUGCCGAAAAUGUCAAUCAUCUCGGUGGUCGGUCAUAAAAUGAAAAACAUGGUAGGGAUUGCAGCUGAAAUCUUCUCCGCUUUGGCAAGCGCUCGGAUCAAUAUUCAUUUGAUUUCGCAAGGAGCGAGUGAGAUCAAUAUUUCGUUCGUCGUGAGGACGCAAGACGCGCUAUUGGCCAUGGAGGUCAUCCAUUCGCAAGUCAUGCGAAUUCCUGGACACGCGGAGCGCGAGAUUUCUCUCAUAAGAGGUGAGCAAUAA